GCCGGAGGACCGAUCACUGUCAGCGGGACAAAUUCAUCAAGUUCUCAUCGAUCAGCACCAGCAGCAGGUGGUCUCUUCCACCCGGAAGACAGACAAGAAGACGACAAUUAACCAACGUCAGUCAGAGUCAGAAUGGACACAGAUCUGAACUCCGGAAUCUCCGCCUUCCUGUCAAAUUGUGAGGAUCACCAAUUGUUCCUGUUGUCGAGAUUCUACAUGGAGCGACUGGAGCAGGCGAUUGAGGAGGGUGUGGAGGGAGUCGGCUUCAUGUUAAUGGGCGAGGAUCACUUCUCCGGGCCAGAGUAUCACAGCGUGACUGUGCUCGCGGAGAAGGGAAACCGAUCGGGCGCUUCCAAACUCCUCCUGGAUCUGGUGAUGGAGAAGGGCUCCGGGGCUCGGAGGGUGAUGUGGGAAUCCUUCGUGCAACUACAUCACCAUUUACCGAAGCUGAGCAGAAUAUUGAAUGAAAUACAGGAACGUGGUGACGGCCAGUUCGCCUACAUGGACACUGAACGGGGUUUAUCUGUCGUGCCCAAGGAUCUGAAAGAUGUUCAACAGAAUCACAAGGAGACUCUGCGGACACAAACUGAAACACUGAGAGUGAACACGAUCCUGAUGAGGGAGAAGGUGAAGGUUUUCAAGCUGGUUGAUCGAUACGUUGAGCUCACGGUCAUUUCUACUGUUCGAGAUCGGACACUGGUGGAACAUGAGCUGCUGGCAAGAGGCAAAGACCACGAGGAGUGGAGACAGAAACGUCUCCGCAGAGAGCUGGACAAAAUCCGGACUGAUCAACUGUUUCAGAAUACUAACUCAUAUAGUCAUUGGGACAAAAUGGAAAGAUUCUUCACACCAUCAACUUCGGGAUGUUCAGCAGCCGUGGCCGGAGUCCCAGGGAUCGGGAAAACAACAAUGGUACAAAAGAUUGUUUAUGACUGGGCCACGGGGAAAAUAUACCAACAGUUCCAGUUUGUCUUCAGUUUCAAAUUCCGGGAUUUAAACACCAUUAACUGUAGAAUAAACCUGAGGGAACUGAUUCUGGAUCAAUAUCCUUACUUUGGGAAUAUCCUGAGAGAGGUCUGGAAGAACCCAGAGGGAUUGCUGUUUAUAUUCGAUGGUUUGGAUGAAUUCAAACACAAAAUCGAUUUUGCUGACAGUCGGAGAGAUACAGAACCCAAACACCAGUGCCCAGAUCCGGAGUGGUGGUGUGAAGUGUCUGACAUUGUGUACAGUUUAAUCCAGGGCAAGCUGCUCCCAGGGUGUUCAGUGCUGGUGACCACCCGUCCCACUGCGUUACAUUUAUUGGAAAAGGCGGACGAGGUUAAAUACCAGAGUGGAAACACGGUGAGUGAAGCUGGUAAAAGGAGCCUCCUGAACACAUUGCACUACCUGUUUGAGUCUCAGAAUCGUGGACUGGCUCAGGCCGCACUGGGAUCUGUGGAAACACUUUCAUUCAGUGGAAUGACACUGACCCCGAUUGACUGUGCGGUCCUGUCUCAUGGCAUCGGACUCUGUGAUACGAUAAAACGCCUCGACCUUUUCGAAUGCCACAUUCAGUGUGAAGGAAUCCAGCGGCUGGGACCCGGGCUGCACAAAUGCCAGGAGCUGGGACUUGGGCGCAAUAAACUGGGAGAUUCAGGAGUGAAACUGGUGUCUGCGGCUCUGAGGAACCUGGAGUGUAAAAUACAGACACUGGAGCUGAUCCGUGUCGGUCUCACAGAUGCUGGUGCCGAGGAUCUCGUCUCGGCUCUCAGUACAAACCCAUCACUGACGGAGCUGAACCUGAGUGAGAAUAAACUUGGAGAUUCAGGAGUGAAACUGGUGUCUGCGGCUCUGAGGAACCCGGAGUGUAAAAUACAGAAACUGCAGCUGAGGGAUGUCGGUCUCACAGAUUCUGGUGCCAAGGAUCUCGUCUCCGCUCUCAGUACAAACCAAUCACUGUUUGAGCUGGGCCUGAGUGAUAAUGAACUGGGAAAUUCAGGAGUGAAACUGGUGUCUGCGUCUCUGAGGAACCCGGAGUGUAAAAUACAGAAACUGGAGUAA